AUGAGGCUAUUCGCCACGUGGGAUGUCGACCGCACCACUCCGAGUACAGUCCAAAGGUUUACACUCUUGAACCGUAUGAAUGUGAGUGGGAGACGGUUUUCCUAAAUACAGAAGAAUCUGUUUAUUAUAUACGUUUUUUAAUUGUAGUUAGGUGAACUAUCGAGUAUCAUAAAACCAAUUUUGAUGAAUGAGUUUAAUCGAAUUAAUUCGCUCUAGGAAAAAAAAAAGAAAAGCCGUUUUUUUUUCAUUUUCACAUUCAGGGUAUCUGAAUGAAACAAAAUGUUCACAGAGUCUUCAAUAUGAGUGUCAAUCGAAUCGUUCUCGAUGGAGUUCCUUCUCAGGUUCAGUCGAUUGUAAUCACGGCGAAACUUUCGGUAAGCUCAAGUAAUUUAAUUAAUAAGUUUUUAUUUUUGCUGUGCAGGAAUCAAAGAGGGGGAGAAACCUCAGGACAAACGACAUACUCAUUGUCCCCGAUCAUGGCAGAGUCGAUCUCGAUUGUGACCUUUCUUUUAGUAUUCAAGUUGGAGUUUGAACGGUUUCUUCAACGAUAAUCUUUUUAGUAUCCACACUUCUUGAAAAGAAAAGCCAACUGUCUUCAAAUACUAAUUCAAAGACGUCGAAAGUACAAAAACCGUCUUCCUGGUGGCUUCAAAACUCUGGCCGGAGGUGUUAUCAACUUGACUCAGGUAGUGUUCCUCGAUAAAAACAGCCACGAAAGGAAGAUGGUGUUUGAAACCUCUCGUUUUAUUUUUUUUAUUUCGAAAGGAUUUUACUGAAGGCUUGACAAAGAACUUUUAUUUUAAUUUUCGUCCAGAGCCGUAUGUAUGGAAGUUCACGGAGAUGUUUUACAGCUGUAAAUUUUGAGUUUCCACCUUUUCAGGCGCAGAGAGAUAGUAAACUAAUUAAUGUUGCGGUGAAUGCAAAAAAAGGACGAGGUUCAGCUAAUCUCCGAUUUCAAGGAAAAUACCAGGAUGAGUAGAAAAUGGAACCAAAUGAUCGGAAUAAAUAAUUUUCUGAAUCAAAAAAUUAUUGUUUUCGGCAUAUUACGCUUGUUCAUGGCGGGAGGAAAGUUUAAUGUACUUUCGCUCAAUCUCCGAUAGAAUUUGAUACUCGGCAAGUUUAAUUCAUUCAGCUUGGUGGUCUGAAAAGUAUUGAAAAUGUUUUAGUCAGCUUUGAAAAAAGAUUUUUUCUCUCAGGUGCUUCAACAAGGUGGACUCCGAGAGAUAACGCUGUGGCCGGCUGGAUCUGAACUCCAACAGAAAAAUGCGAACAAGCCUGGUUUAGGUAGGAUUCAAGGGAUAGUUGAUUGCGGCAAUGGUCUGGCUUGCAGUGCAAAGUGUGGGGCGCCUGAUUCUGACGUCGUGCCACUCUCAAGCCGUCGACCAGACGGACGACAGAGAACGCGUCCACAACAAGAAGGCAGAGGGCGCCGAAAGCGAAGUAGCGUCUUUUUUCAAGAUUCUGAGCACUGGAGUGUUUCAGGACGACUCCGACUCGGACUAUGAUGACAUGCCGAUGGACAGCGAUCUCAACGAGCCCGGAAGUGCCCGGAGUGACAGGUCCCUCAGUAGGAAUUCACGUUGAAAAGUUUCGAUUAACAUUUGAAGCGUAACUCGGAAACACUUUCCUACAAAAAAAAUUGACUUCUUUCGAAAGCGGAUACAUACUGAAGCACAACAAAGAAUCACACUUGCACAGCAAUUUGAACUCCUUCAUUUCAAUACUUGUCUUUAUGAGAGGCUAAUUCAUUAUCCUAAAUUUUUUUGAAGUGGAUUUUUCCAUCUGGAAUUUAUUGUCUUAACGUCUAGAAUUUUCAGAAGAGUGGCAAAUGACCCUCUACAAUCUUCUCACCGCCAGCGCAAAAAAACCUGAGGCAGAAGUUAUCGCGACUUAUUCGCCGUUUCAAGGUUCCGGACGACGCGGUUUGCAUUCCCUUUCCCCAACCAUUCUUGAAUAUUUUUUUAUUCAACAAAAAAAUUUCUAUUCAACAAAGUUCAUUCAUUUUUUUGGCUGAAUCUUUCCGUAAUUUAGAAACUGUAUUUUUGUUUCUUACUGAAAUAUAGUCUGUUCUCCACCACACGAAAUGGUGAGAAGCUAAACUUUUCCACUAUCGAUGAUGACCAUGUACUUGAGACAAGGAAACAAUUUCAAAAAAAGGGGUGGUAUGAAAAAAAGCCAGCGAACUUUCGAACGGCUACUUUUUCCGAUUUUUUUCAUAUCGACAAAAGAAUUUUUCCUACUAUUUUUUUUCUUUAUUCUUUUGUGUUUUAAGCAGGAAUCAACUACCUAUUUUGUAUUAAAAAAAAUAAAAACGAAGAGAUUAUUGAGAGAAAAAAAUUCGAAAAAGGAACAGUCCGAAACGUCGCCAUCGAAAAGUUUCCUAGCGAUUUCAUUUCAUACUUCCGAAAAAGAUCAAAUCGAAAUAAAAGUAAAUACUGAACAAUUGACCGAGAUUAGCAAAUUCAACAAAAAUUGAAAUUCGAGCGGCACUCUCUCCGUGCCCUCACUACUUCUAGAGUGAAGCAACCCGUCACUUCAAGUCAGGAGGAUACUGAAGGAUCGCAAUUGCCCAGUUUUUUUUCCAGAUUUCUUUCAGCCCAGCUAGUUCAGAGAGACCAAAUAGAACGACAACUUUUAAGACAACUCAUUGUAGAAAAUGAUUGAAAAGUUCUUUCUGUCUUCUACUAAUGCAAACUGCCUGUUAGUCUUUUAUUUGCAGCAGGUGGCGGCCGAAGUGGCGUCCACGUCGGAAGCUCGACCUCCGACGAAGCAAGAACUCGAAGCCCUUUUCGAGGAGCUCUCCGACUUUUCCGACUCAGGUUAUAUUUUGUGAAGGAACAACCUGAAUGCGGUGUCUUUUCUCAGGACCUGAGAUGGUUGGCGACGACGUUUCCAUUGGAAGCAAUCCCCGCCCCGGUCUGCAGCCCUUUUUCACAAGAAGUCGCGAAGUUCUUCCUGCUAUUUACGAUCGCGUUCGUAACUUUCUCUGUUUGGCAAUAAGAUAAUUUUAUAAUAUAUGUUUUUGGUCAGAUUUUCGGCUGAAAAUAUAGACCGUGCUUUAAGGCGCAGAGGAUUCUAUUUCUGAUACAUUUUCAUUUCAAACUUUUUCAGGAAGUUGACGUUUCGGAAAGCGAAGGGGAAGCCGAAGACGCAUGUUGGUCUUCGGAAACAGACAAUGCGAAGGAGAAAGAAAAUCAUAACAACUGUCAUCACGGUUUGUUCUUUUCGCCUUUCCAUUCCACACUUCAACUUUUUCCAGAAAUGUACCAGGCAAACAGUGGCGUCGGAUCCUACAACGGAGAAACGGCGUCUGGGCAAAAAUCGGAGGGGGUUCAGGUUUUAUUUUCAUCUUCGAGUCGAGGAGAACGAGGAGAAUUAUCCAGACGCCGCAUAAAUCUCUUGCGAUGAGAGUUUUGUCGAGUGGAUCAGCUCCAAGCAGCGCACCGAUGACGUCAGCCGUCACGCAUUCUUACACGAUGACGUCACUUUCCGGUCAGACGCCCAAAAGCUCAGUUCCUACAGUGGAUGUCACUCGGGGCACCAGUUUUUCUGACAAGGUAUUUUUUCAUUAUCUUAUAUCUUUGGUUCUUUUCCCUCUGACACUUUAACAAAAAACAAGCUGCUGCAGCUGUGGUUGGUUCGCGCUGUCCGUUAACCAGGCACUGUCUUUUCUUUCCGUUCAUCACCUUUUUUCGAGGGGUCAAGCCGUCCUCGAAUCAGUUAUAUUUAAAUCAAUGCGCAUUUUGAGUGGUGAAGCUGUUUUGAUACAUGAUAGUUCAUUCAAAACUGAUUUUAGUUUUCGUAAAAAAAAUUGUUUUCUCGUGGCCGUCAAGAAAGUAUCAACUAUCUGAUUAUUUUUCUCGAAUCUCUAUUCAUUUUUGAUCGAGAUUAUUCCUGUAUUUCUUUCUUUUUUAUCGCUUCCAGCUGUCCUCUCUGUUGGACUCGGACCUUUCUCGUCACGGUGACGUCGUCUGGAUCUCCGGUGCCUUGGAAAACUGUUUUCUUCCGUCUUUGACUUCGUCUCUUCCGCUGGUUAUAUGCACUUCCUCGCAAAAUAUUCGUCAAACAAUUGUCCACAUCGUGAACAAAAUACAAAACUUGUACGUUCCGUCAGUUCCUGCGUUUUCGACAAAAAUUUGUUUUCAGUUGUAACUCGAACUCGGCGAAUCCUCCACUAACAUGGGUCGGGAUUAUUGGUGGCGACAGAAUGUUCUCACAGGUUCCUUUCCGAGUUUUUUCAUGACUAGCCCCAUUAAAUUGAGGUUUUGCGCGUUUAUGUCGACUGUCUGGCUCACAAGUCUUCGGCCAACUGGCUCCAGUAUCUGAGAUUCGCGCCCCUUCCUUCCACCAAUUCUCUUCUCGCUAAGCUCAUCGAAGGUACAUUUUCUUCCGAUAAAUAGGAUUUCAUGAAGGGUAGAAAACUUUUUUCGAAAACCGCUUGGAGCUUUUGAAUAAUUUUCCACAUUCACGUGUAUCUAGUGCGACUCCAUAAAUUUGACAGAAAAACGUUUUCUUCUUUUUUAUGAACUUCUCUCAAGUACUCUUCGAAAAAAAAAAUUGAUUUCAAUUACUAAAUUGUAUUAUAUAGAAACUCAAAGACAUCUCCCAGGAAAUCAGAAAAGGUGGUUUUCAGAUGGGACGUUCAGAGUAUAUCUACUAUUUCUCUGAGCAGUUUUUGACACUUCUAGAAAAAAAAAAACAGAAAGGAUCUUUCUUGAGAGGUUUCUCUACGAUUUCAAGCAAAAAUACCUUUCCGGCAGAAAUAAAGUUAUAAACUUUUCGCAGAAAGCUUUAUCAAAAAAAUAAAACGAAAAAACUUGCACUUCAUAAUUUGCUGUUUUUGAAUAGAUUCCAUUUUCGCCUCGCCUAGAAACGAGAACUUAGAGAAAAUUGAGAAAACUGGCGGAGAUGUGCGGCUCAGUGGAGAUUUCCUUGACCGAGUUCUCGAUUAAUCACGAAUUCGCCGCUAAAAAAUGGCUGUUUCCACUUAUUAAUCAUGUCGCGCCAUUAGUUUCAUUUUUGUUUAGGACUCGAUCCUCACUUGGACAACUUGUGCCGAGAUUUCUGGGAUCGCUGGCCGGAUCUUUCUCAGCCAGAACGGUCUGCGGUGAUUUCAAGGCUAGCCGGAUGGCACCAGAAUUCCUCGGCGACGAGAGUCAAUCUGCCAAUCGGCGAGGCGCUACUGCAGCUGUCCUCGGAACGCAUCUCAGACCGCGAGCCAGAGGGCGGCAGAAUCUUCAUUCCGUUCCUCUGCGAGGUGCGCGUCGCGAUCAACGAUGCGGCGACUGUCGAGGAAGAUUUGUCUUCGUUCGCCAGCACCUCUGCUCAGGCACUCGUGUCUCCAGCUUCUCGCGUCAAUGUCGACGACCGCGAGUCGUCCUCGGCCAGUCGCGAUCCCAACUUCCUCGUCUCUUCUUCUCCCCCUCACAGUCCUCAUUCGCGAGGCAACGACGUUCGCGAGCUUUCACUCGAUUACUGGAUCAAUUCUGGAAUCGUUUCACUACACUCUACUCCUAAUUUGGUUUUUUUUUCUACUCCAAUUGUUUCAUAUUUGAAAUUGUUGAAGGAUGGCUACAUGUCCACUGGUGGAGGAACGCCCAGCUCGAAGAAGGACAUGGGAAAGUAUACCACGAAGUCCUCCUUCAAAUCACUUCUCGUUUCGCGGUCUCUCAUAUCUCCAAUGGCACAAGUAACAAAAACUAUUCUUUCAGGAUUCUCUCGGGUGGAUUUUUGUCGCUUACUUAUGUGAAAGAAAAACGUAAAGAGAAAAUGCUGCAAAAGCUGGGAAUGAAGAAGGGACAGGUUUGUAUUUCGGAUUACUAGAUUGUGCCAAAUCCAGGUUCCUGUAGCUCACUUUCCAUAUUUCACAGAAAGCCGAGAAUGAAAGUGCGCCUGUGCAAGUUUCGUCGAUUUGUCGCAUGCUCUGCAGUGCUUCCGGGAAGCACAGCGAACUGAACGGUUUACUUCACUAUCAAAAUUUCCAACAGGCUUCUUUUCAGUUUUGGUGGACGGCGUUCCUUACACUGGCAUUCGUUACUUCCAGACGUCGCCUCAUUGGCAAACCCACGUCAAGGCGUUUCCCAUCGCGCUAUUUUCUUCAAUUCCUUCCAAUAACCUCUUCAUGACUUCUCAAAACACUCUUUGAAUCGCUAAUUUUAUCUGUACAGUUCAUUUUUGGUAUAUGGCAUCAUCUGUUCGAGCUUAUGAGAGUACGAGGAUUGCGCAUUUUAUUAAUGCUCUUUCUGGACUAAUUGCGGGCUUUUAGGAUUAAUUUCUCAAAUAGCUAAUUAAAUUAAGUUUCUCUAAUUAACCUGAUUUACUGUAUUACAUGUAAUUAUUACUAUUCUUUGUGCUUUUAUAUUGAUUUUGAUUUAAUUUUUGCCAUUUGUGCUUAAGUGCUUUCUUGUUGUAUUUCAACUCGUAUGUGCCGGUCAUCAGCCUGAUUCCAUCAAAUGCAUGUUUUUUCUAUCUUUACAUUCCUAGUCUUCGAUAAAGCAAAUUGCCUUCGGUUUUUUUUUGUUUAUGAGUUCACUGUGUUUCCUUGUUCAGAAAGAUACUAUUUUAGUUACAUUCUGGGGCUUUCCGGGAAGCAUUGCUCACUACUUUCCAUUCAAAAGAUAACUUGAAAGAUAUAUAAUACACGAUCAUAUGUUUUUUAAACAAACAAAAAAACGAGACUUUUUUCUUCUAAAUACAGCUCAUUCACGGCUUGCUUGAGCCAUCGAAAAAGGGUUCUGACACGAUAAGGGAAAAAGACAGUGUCUGGCUGGUGGAGAGCGCAGACAGACCACGCCUCCUCAGCAUCUCAAAUGAUUCGGCUAUACACUGUUCAAAAACAUUCAUGACCUUACAGGUGGAUGCUCAUGAGUGCCCGAAACGGCCAUUCCAACGACUAUGAACUCGCCCUGCAGGAAGUAUAGUUUUAUUUUUAAAUUACAGCAACAGCUAGCAGUAUUCAAAAAAAUGCGCUGGAUUUUAUUUAUCACUCGAAAUAUGCCGAAAAAAAGUUUUUUUUUUGAAGUGCAUCCAAAAAAACUCGUUUUGUUUUCUGGAUUCUGUUAUAUAUUUAAGUUUUUUUGAAUGAGUUCAUACUUUCUCGUUCACAGAACUUACCAAUAGCGACCUAUUCAAUAAUUUGUAAUGACAGACUGGAGUCGAACUAAAAUAUUUAUCAUAGUGAAUUUUUCCAAUGUAAAGUCUGUUGCAUAACGGCAAAAAUUAGGAAAUCGAAAAUUCGCCGUUGCGCAGCGACGCCACAGACGGCAGCCAGCCACCAGCCGUCGAAAAAGUGGAUGGCAAGGCGCGAAUUCUGCGACCUCAGAGGGCUUCUUCGCCUCCGCUGCCCCACGCGGCCCUCCAGACGCGUCCGAGCCUCCGCGUCCAGUCCUCGCAGCAGCUGAACGUCCAACCCUCGGUGCAGCAGCAGAACGUUCAGCCUUCUGGUCAUCAGCUCUACCGGAUCUCUCAAGGCAACAUCAUCGUUCAUCAACCUUCUCAUCAGAAUAGUCAGAAAGAGUGAGUUCCAAUAGAUUUGCAUUUCUCAAAGCUCAGCUCCGAACAAAAAACCCAAAAAAAACAGUUUCCAAAGAUUGACUUUGAAUUUCCACUCACUCAUUAAAAGCUCACAAAAAAGAUCAUUUCACUUUUUCGUUCUAACAUUUCGUUUAAACUCGCUUAAAAAUUUUUUAUGCUGAUAAAGCUGAAAAAAACCUUCCCAACUCGUAAUUUUCGUUUCUUUGUCUCAAAAUUACCCAUCCAAAAGUUCCAUCUUUAUUGAAGUUCUCAAUUGAGCAGUUUCAGGCUCUUUAUAGAGCUUCAAAGAAUAUAACAGAAAACUUCCUUAAAAUUUCACCGGUGGGAAAAUUCAAAGCCUCAAUUAUAAUUUCUAUCUAUUGAAAACAUUCCAACUUUUGAUUCAAAAUGAUUCAUGAGACUCUUUUCUAGUGGAAAAACAUAGUCUCUGAUGAUGAAUUUUGAAGGCAUCCACAAACUUCGUUGGUAAAUCCGGGGAACCCGAUCAGAGCUCCUCUCAACAGCUUGCUCCAGAGAAAAGGCAACCAGAAAGCGGUCACCGAGGCAGUUUACAUCGAGUCCUGUGCGUUCACUCGAAUUCCACAGCGAAUAAUUGAACUCUGUUCAGCAAGAAAAUUACUUUUUCAACUGCGGCUCGCUGCUCGGAAGGCCUUCAACCUCACGACGGCGCCCAAGGAGACAGAGAAAGACAAAAUAAGAGAGCACUACAUGACGGUGCAGAACAUCUUCCAGUAACCUUGCUUUCCAUUCUUGUCAACUUUUCUGUUUUCAGACAGCUUGAAAGUUUGGCCCUGGCCCCGGUCCGUGUUGAUUCUUCAGCGCCACGGUUCGCAAAGGUCUACAAUCUGAUGGGGAAACACGUCAAGGUAUGGGUUACCUUUUGUGAUUCGGCAAGUCUGAAAUCAACAAUUGGAUUGUCAUAGCAUGAAAUUCGUUCUCUUAAAGACUAUUCAUUUUUCUUGGAUUUCUCAAAAAUAAAUUUUUAAAGGCUUCAAGAUUUUAAGUUUCAGAUUCAGCCAACCAAAAAUAAUCGAAAAAAUAUAAUUUAUCUUUCCUCUCGAAAAAAAUCAUGAGAUAAGAUGCUUUUGUUUUGACAUGAAUUUAGGAGAAGAAUAUUAUUACUUUGUGAAAGAUUCAUAUCCGCCAUUAAAUUUUUUACUGUGAUCUGUUGAAAAAGUGAUAACCGAAUAAAAAUGGAAGUUACUGAGGGAUAAGAUCAGAAUAAGUGUUAAUUUUAUCGCAGGACGAACCAGCAGGACUCGUGGACGAAAACGCCAAUCAGCUUUUCGAAGACAUAUCUAAAAUCAGCUCGCAUCAGGUUUCCAUUCGUCUUGGACACAAAUGUCGUGAAGCGAAGACAUUUUUAUUCGAACUGAGGUUUCAGCUGAGGGCGGCGUCGGCACAGGAGGCGCUCCGAGCCGAAGGCGUCCGUCCGGUGAUUCAUCGUUCCUCGUUGGCCCAACCGCGGCACUUUUCCGCCCGCAGUCCUCAUGUAGGACUCGCGUUCGACCUGAGCCUCUUCCUUGCUUCAGGAGAUCCACAAACAGUUCAUCCAUUGCUUGUAUAACGUCAUGCAGAAGGAGAAGUCCAGCAGCACUUCGAACAGUCUCACCAACGUUCUGCAAAACAACACUCAUCCGAAUCUCGAGACUAUUUUCGAGGUAAACAGGUUCAGCCUUCUAUGUAUCAGAUGGGGCUGACGCUUUGCAGAAGUUGAUGAAAAUUAGGACCCGUUCAAAGUUUCGGUGUACAUAAUUAAAAGAAAAAUCAGCCCAACAAGGAAGGUUUUUGAGCCUGGCAUUCUUAAAUUUUAUAAAACUUGACCAGAGAUCUCGUUCAUUUGCCACAUUCAUAUGAAAACGCUGAAAAUAUGAAAGCAGUUUUUCGCAUCAAUUUUUAAAAACGAAAUCUUUCGUCGUGAAAUGACAGGUGAGGUUCGGAUUUCGACGUCUGCGCGUUUUUGUCGAGCAACUGAAAGCAGUUCUGAUGGUCAGAAGCGGAGAUAUCGUCGACAUUUCCAUUGGCGCAUGCAGAGAGAAACUUCUGGACACUGUAGGUUUUAGGAUUACUGUAUGGUGGUUUGAUUCGUAUUUAGUAACCCUCUAACAAUUCUCAAGGUCGAAAAUGAAGUGAAAUUCACAGUAUGGCCAAAAAGUUAUCAAAACUAGAGUUUAUUUCGUUUUGAGAAAAAAAUAAAAUAGAAAUAUUUUUUUUAAUAAAAAAUUGACAAAAUUUUUCACAAAAGCAUUUUUUUAUUGACAGUUAUAGUUUGGAGCUAUUUACUUAAUUGAUGCUCCAUUUUUUCAUUAGUAACCACAAAACUCGUAGUUUUCAAGGUAUCCAGGUUAGUAGAUCUAAACCUGGGUUGAAAUUAGUUGAACAUCUCUCACCCAGCUCCAUGAAAAUCACACAAUGAGCCACGUUGGGGACUAUUUUCGAACCAGAAACCUCGUAAUGUUAAAUAAUUGGCAGGAAUUGAAACAAACACAGAAAUAUUGAUGAAUUCGGCUCGCUUGUCGAGUUAAUUGAAGUUUAGGUUAAACUUUGGUGUGCAUCUUUUGCUCCAAAACUUAUUUUUCCUAAAUUAGGAUUCAAAUAAAUUCCACCUCCAACAUAAAUGCCUAUUAUACGAAGAGACUUUCACAAAUUUGAAAUCGGAAUUCAUUGAAAAUAAAAUUCCUCUGGAAACCUCUCUCUAUAUUAACCUAUGAAACAAUUUUGAUGGAAAAUGUGUUGUUCUAUUUUUUUUUGCUCAGAAGAUAGUUGAAAAUACAUCAAAACUUUUUGCGAAGACGAACAAGUUAGCAAGGGAUUAUAAUUAGAUAAGAUGAAUAAACUGCUCAAUAAACUUUUUGAAAGUUGAAAAAGUUCAAUUUGAGAACGGAAGGAAAAAAAUAUUGAAAGUUGGAGAAACUUGUGUUUGAUAAUUUCAGAACGGAAUCAGACCUUCGGCCCAUGAAUGUUAUCGACAAAUAUCGGGUUCUGCUCGUGCAAAGCUUGUCGGCGGGGCUUUUUCGCGUCUACAGUCAGUGUCCAGUCCAAACUGUCGUAGACCUUUAUUUCUCAAUUAAGGUCAACUACAUCCUUCUCUCUGAUCAACGUCUAUCUCAAUUAUUACGUUUCGUGUUUCACCAAGAAAUGCAUCGUUUGCGGGUCGGUUUUCCUCGCAGUUAGUUGCAUAACCACGUUUUCAGGAAAGUUAUGCGAGACUUCGCCCCGCCCACUCGCGUCAUUUUAGGUUCCAAUCACCGCGAUACACUUUUUUUCCAUGAAUUUUGUCAAAAUGUCAAAGUUUAAAGCAUCUACGGUUUGCAGUUUUCUUGCCAAAAUCUAUCUCUAUCCCUACGGUUUCAAUUUUUUUUUACUUUUUUUACGGUUUCAUUUUUUCUCCAAUAAAUUUAAGAUUUUCCAAAAAUUUUGGUAGCUUUUCUCUCCAUCGAAGUGUUUACAAUCUUAUGUCAUAUUAUCUCAACAUGUGGGAUGCUAGAAAGAAGCUUUCCUCCUGGAAUUGCCAGCUGGCGGCCCGCAUCGUAAAAGCUUGAAGUAACUUUUCAAAUAUACAGAAAACAAGAAAGGUAAAGAUAACUGUAGUUAUGAAAUGGCUAACGGAGGCACAAAACGGGAAAAAGCCUCUCUGUGGAUGUUUGUUGAAGCAAAUUUCUGAAACAGAGCGGCUGGCUUAGAAUGAUGAGUUCGUGGUUUCAUUUUGGCGGUUGCAUGAUUCUCGUGAUAGGCAAAUGUAGCGCGUGCAACGCUGGGCGAAAUGAAAGGAAUUCUGUGGGAGCGAGGCUUUCCUCCGCUCGCCGUUGAAUUUUACGAAUCGAUGCGCGUCUGUUUUGCAUCGUGCGCUAUCUGCCAGCAUGAACGUGAGCUCCAGCACUUCCUCCAUUUGUUUUUUGAUCUUCUAUUUCCCAUUCGUCAGAUUUUUCUUUGCAACAUCUUCGUUUUUUUAUCCUCCCCUGUUUAAUUGAACAGCUGUCAGCAAUUUUUUCGAAAAUUUCAAUUUUUCAUAUUUCCUAUUAUCAAGAAAAAAGGCUCAGAAUCCUUUUUCUUUUUUUUUCUUAGAAGUUAAACCUUAGAAUAAUUUUGAUGAAAAAUAAUAAUAUAUAACCAUUGCAACUUUUCGAAAUUAAUUUCAUUCGACCAAGCUUUAUUUUAAUAAAUUUUUGGGUUCUCCAUUGGGAAAACCUUUUAUAAAUUCAUCGCCGAAACCAUUAAAAAUUUUUGAGCUGUCCAGAUAUUUAUAAUUUAAAGAAAUGAAAGCUUGCGCCUUUACCUUUCUGUUUGUUUUUGCGUCUACUUGUCGCCCCGGCUUGCCUCGUGUUGUGUUGUUCUUUGAGAAUUCACGACUCGCCAGCUUUCGGUUCAGGCGCCCGUUGUACUACCUUCAGUUUUCAGAUGUUCCGCCGUUUUUUCCUCUGAUAAUUCGAAAGUUUUGUCAUCUGUUUCUUAGAAUUUAUUACUCUUGACGUCGACUCUACAACCAAAGGUGAGCUUUUAUGACAGAGUAAACACACUUUUUUCUUAUUUUGUACAUCCUUUUUAGGUUUUUUUUUUAACUUUCCGCAUGUCUAAGUUACGCCUCUUUUCUAGACUUUUUUUUAAAAAGUUCUAAGGAACUCUUACAGAUUGUUUUUCCUCUUUUACGCCUAAAUGUUUCUUUAGAAGUUCAAAUCACUUUUUACUUUUGCUUUCCACCAACGUAGCUUCUGAUGAAUCGCCAGAUUUCGGGUAUAGUGAGGUUUCAGUGGCAAGAUGGUGCUCGCGGCGGUUUUGUCGAUGCUGCGGUACGUCGGCGGCAGUGACGACCGCGACUUUGUCGACCGUUUGCACUCCUAUUUCACGUGCAACAUUCUGAUCGGACUCGCUGUUUUAGUCAGCUUCAAGGUGAUAUUCUUCUUUAUUUUCGACACGCUCCUUGAUUUUUCAGCAGUUUGGCGGAAAACCAGUAGAAUGUUUAGUACCGGACAUGUUCAGUAGCAGUUGGGAACAGGUUCUUUUAAAUUUCUUUCUAAUUUUUUAUAUUUUUUACAUUCUAAAUUUUCUUGUUUGAAGUACGCAGAGAACUACUGUUGGGCCAGUGACACCUAUUACGUUCCGAUAGGAGAGGCAGUGGCUGGAUUAGGAGACGCAGAGAGGCGCCAGAGAAAAAUCAGCUACUACCAGGUUAUCGGUUUUUUUCUUCUUCUUAUCUCUUUUGAGUGAACUUAUAAUUUAGCAGGCCCUAUAACUUCAUUAUAUAUCUUACAUCUGAUUUUUGAUGAGUAUUUGUAUUUAGAUUUCAAUCCUGACGCUCAAUAAAGAGACUUAAAGUUAAGAAAGGUAUCAAUAAUAAUAGAAAUUUAUGAAUUUUUCAAAGUCACGGCUCGUUGGAAAAAGUCAGAAAACUAGAUUUUUUUGAACUGAGCUAACAAUAAAACACUGAAAAACUUGUUUUUUUUUUCAGUGGGUGCCGUUUUUCCUGUUGAUGGAAGCCGCGUGUUUCCGACUUCCAAGUCUUCUCUGGCGGUAUCUCUCCGGCCAUUCUGGCAAGUCAUUCUCACAGUCUCAAACCAUCUCAACAGAAUGAAAAACCUAAAACAAGCGUUCACUUUAAGUCCUACCACUUUUGAAGAAGUUUUGUCUUUCUUCUGUCAGAAUCAAAAAGUUGAAAUCUUAAUGUAAAGCUAUGUUUUAAAAUAAAUAAGUGUAAAAAUUGAAAAUUCAGGAAUAAAAAUUCACGAAAUCGUGAAACUUUCCUCUGAUCCCAACAAUAUCAAGCCCGAUAUCAAGAGAGCCAAUAUUCGAUCUUUGACUGUUCAUCUACAGGUUCAAACUUUUUUAUUUGAAUAAAAGCGAAUGUCUAUAGGGAGCUCUGAGAUUCCACAGACGACUGCAGAAAAAGCAAAUCCGGCCGCACAAAAUCUUUUGGGCUUUCAACUUGCCUUAUUCUGCUUUUUUCGUUACUUCAAUGUAUUUAUGUACAAAGUUCUUUUAUUUGGCCAACGUUUGUACCCAACUUUUACUCAUGAACAAGUGAGCUCUAACUUAUUAUAACCACCUUUCUCUUCUUCCCCGUCAGGUUCCUGGAAACAGACAAAUACGAGUGGUACGGCUUCGGAGCGUUGGUCGACUUGCUCAACGGCACAACUUGGCUCCAAUCCGGCGUUUUUCCUCGUGUGUCCCUCUGCGAUUUCGACGUGACUCUUUCCUGGAGAAUAUGAUUCGAUUCUUCUUUUCCAGGUUCGGGUUAUGGGAAACGUACAGGAGCACACUAUCCAGUGCGUCCUCAUUAUUAACAUUUUCAACGAGAAAAUUUUCAUCCUUCUAUGGUUUUGGUAUGAUUUUCUUCCUCUUUUCUCAGAAGAUCGAUUUUUUUUUCUUAAGGUAUCUGGCCUUGGUGUUUUUCACCUUUGGGUCGUUUAUGUACUGGAUGUCGGUGUCCAUUUUCGGAAGUUUGAGUCGUCGGUUCAUCAUCCGCCACUUGGAAAUGAGUGAAAUUUCCUUUGACUCUACAGGUCAGAAGUUUGCUUUAUUGCAGUUUAGUUCCUAUCAAUGUUCAUCAAAUUAUGCCCAAUUAAUGAACCACAUUUUUUGAAUAUUUGUAAACGAUGUCGGAAACAAGAAUGAGCUCAUCAGAGUAUUCUCAAAUAUAAUCUUCUUUGAGACUGAAAAUACUUGUAAAUCGACAAAAUUCACCAAUUUUUUGCUCGAGGAGCCAAAUUUUCUGCUUUUCUCGUGUAGGAUCAUUUUCUCAUUUUAAAUAUGAAAAAUUCGCUCAAAAAUGAAAAGGAAAAGAAAUCUUCGUGGUCAAUAUUUCACAAGGUAUCAAAAUCAUUGUUCUCAACCGUUUCGCAUGAAAAUAAAUGUUAAAACGAUACAUUUUUUCAAUGUUGCGAAAUCAAUUUUCACUUCUAAUAGUUUUCGAGUCUUUGAAUUCGACGUCUUUCAGAAGAAGGAGCUGUGGAAAAAGUAAGAAAGUUUAUUGACAACUAUCUGAAAAGCGACGGAGUUUUCGUGAUAAGAAUGAUGACGCUGCAGUCUGGAGUACGUUGUCGUGGAAAGCAUCGAACUCAAAGAGGUUCAGGUCAUCUUCGGGACAGACCUUGUACAGGAGCUCUGGAAGAACUUCUACGGCUCGGAGCAGCAGUUGAAGAGAAGUAACUCGAUGCCAGGCAUGGAGCACGACGGCGAGCUUGCCACCGAGCAGACCUGGGGCUGGCCGCCGCCGCCGCCGCCAGCUCACCGUAAGCUAUCUUUGGUAUUCCAAAUAACUUUCGAAGAAAAAAUCAUCUUUUAACGAGAUCCCAGAAAAAUAAUGAUAGAAAUUGAGAAAUCAAUAAGAAAACAAGAAAAUCGAAAUUUUUUUUCCUCAUUCUAGCUUGUUUGUUUCAGCGUAUCACCGCCAGAACCUGAAAAAUGCGAACGCUCUCCGAUGGAGAAGGGCUCUGGGCGCCAACACGGACAACGCCAUGGUGACGCAGGAUUUGCUGGAGAAACUCGUCCCUCCAAAAGAUUCUGACAACGCGGCCACGCGCAACGCUUUGCUGUGAGUUUUGUUAAUUUUUAGCGAGUCUAUUUCGCAUUUUAUUUUAUUGGAUCAACUUUCGUCGAUAAGUGGCGUGUAAGUUCUUUUUUUCAGAAGAAUGAGUCUGAUGGCGUUUCAGAAUUCAGAAUAUGAUCAAGGGGUGAAUUUAAUGCUUGUUGGUUCUGUGAUUGUACUCGUUGCUUUUUAUGUUAUCACCUCAUGCAUGGGAUAGAUCUUAUCAGCGAGUUUCCAAGAGGAAGCUCAUGAUAUCGGAGUUCUGAAUAACGAACUGUUUCGUAAGGACUCAGAAAAGUUCGGGCUUUGGCUUUUCACAAGCGCAGUCAAGAAAGUUUUAAUUUGCUUGCAAACGCAAAAGUGUCAAUGAGAGAUCAAGAGGGGACUAAGAGGCCAGACUGUUUCAAGACUCGCAAAUACAAAAAUUUCCCGUUAGUUUAUUGAUUUUGUGUGAUAUCUUUUACUCAAAACAAAUUUCCGAUUUUUUUUUCCUUUUCCGAAGAAAAAAACACUGUUUAAAAAAUUUUCUAAUGUAGUUUUACGAUAUAGUUUUUUUAGCUGAUAAAAAUCUGCCCAUGUGAACCCUGCAUUUUUUUUUUUUGAAAGCUUUUCGGUUGCAGAAGACAGCCGCGAACGGUGGCAGUGGGCUAUGAAGACGCAGAAUCGCGAGAAGGAAUUCAGCCGCCGGCGUUCGUCAGCGUCCGCGAUCUGCCUCAGCCAGCCGAACCGAAGCCUCCGACAGGCGUCUCUACCUUCAAGCCUUCCUCCGAGGUCCCACAACGAAGGCUCAGUCUCCAAAAAUAG